AUGAAAGGUGAUCUUGCCUGUCGCAGAGUUGAGAACUUACGACCAGCUCAGAACAUGGCGUGGAAUGGUAAUAAAUUCGGAAAAAGUGAAGAGGAGGCUGCAAGGCUACUUCAACAUCUCGAGCCCGCAUGUACAAAAUCCCAGUCCUUGAACUUUGGUAAAAGUGAACAAAAAAUAAGCAAAGAACCUGAGAUAACUGGGGAUAGGUGUGGCUCUGCACAAACGACAGCUUUCACCUGCUAUACUUGCAUGAACUGUCAGCUUCCGAAUGAUGAGAAAACAGCAAAAUCUGGAUCGACUUUUAGGGCGUGUAAGAUGAGUUCCACUUUCACUGGCAGUGGAACACCCAGCGACAUCACCGCCAAUUGCACCACUGCAGCGAGUGACGUCUCUUCCACAGUAAUUCUAGAGAGAAAUUCGGACGUGUCCGAAGGACUGCGUGCAUUAUUUCCGGGUGUAAUAGGUACGGAGUCGCCUCUGUGUCUACACGUCAUUAUGGUGGGGAUUGGUAAAUUUUCUGUGGAACGCCAUCUCGCAUACGAUUUCCUUAAGAUGACCAACGGAGAUUCCUCAGAGUGUCCGCAUAAGGUUUUAUGA